UUAGGAAGCAGUCAUCAUCAGUCGUAGUCUCAUCUGACCGGCUCCAUGGCAAAACAAGACCUCUUUAUGUUUUUGCAUUUAUUUUCUGUCGUUUUUCUGCAGCUUUCUUUGUCCUUUGAUCAAGUGCCUGCUGUUGUGGAGAAAAGUUUAGGGGGACCCACAUCCCAAGAUAUCAGGGUUCAAAACAAUGGACUGGCUUCCCAGAGCCACAGUGCUGCUUCCGAUGGGGACAGUUAUUUGCUUGUGGUGGAGCACCCUCUCAGAAGAGUGCUGCAGCUUUAUGGGUGGCAACUGGACUCGCCACACAGAACCAAAAGGAGGCUACUGCAGACAUCGAGCACUCUUCCUUACUCUCCUCUGAGCGUGGUUUACAAUGGAAAAACAUGUAUCCUGUUUAGGGCCAGGAAGAUUGCUAUAAGGUUCAGGAACAGCACUUUAGUGGAUCUCACAGAGAAGGCAUUCGGUCCCGACGCACCGGUUGACACCAAAGGCUCCAUGUGCAGCAAAGAUAAAGCUACGCUUGUUCUACGAUUUGGAGAUGUGGAGGACUUGAGAGGACUUGCCAUAAGGCUACAGAUGUCCAACACAUUCUAUGAGUCGGCAGGGCAGAACUGGUUUACUCUGGACAGCGUACACAUCCACUACAACUGGACCCACGAGGCUACGUUCAAUGCCAGCGACGUGUACGCUCCUAGUACCUACUCCUACCACUGUCAACACGUCAGCAGUCUGCAGAAGUACGACACGCUGCUUGUACCAAGCUCCAUCACAGACAACUCCGCAAACUGGCACAUCACCUUCACAGACUUCCAGUUACAAUCGUUCAACGUGCUGUCCAACAAGUUUGCCUCAGCCAGCGACUGCGCUACGUUCUUCACUCCGGCAAUCCUCAUGGGUCUGAUCACCUCCCUCAUCCUCCUCCUGGUCCUGGCCUACGCUCUGCACAUGGUGGUGCAUCUCAAACACAUCGACACCUACGAAGAGCACAAGACUACUGUCUACUUCCCUCGCAGCUCAGAGACUGCAGAAAGCACCGAUGCCACCGGCUCCACCGCCACUGAGAAAAACAGCUUGUAGGACUCUGUUUCCCAGGAUCCACCUCAGUCUCCACCACUAGGAGUAUAGACCGUUUCUGUAGUUGUCAGAGAGUGACUGUGCAGGGGCUCCAACUGAGACCCCUGAUGCCUGGCAGGCCGACUGAUUGACUGACUCAACUCUAGAUAUAAAGCAACCUCCCAUACUGAAGGACAUGGUCAUGUUGCCUGGACUUGAUAUGGUCGUCCACUCUGGCAUUGCUGGACUCAGGCAGUGGUUGUCCAUCCCCGGUAGAUCCAAUACUUUGCGGCUCAGCAUCAUCUGGUGGAUUUGGAAACAACUUUGGAGGACACUAAUCCUGAGACAUUAACCACUUAUCUGGCAUUGCAAGUGAAAAAUAAACUAAUAAUUAUGUACUCUUGAAUGAAAUUCAAACUGAUAAAAGCACAAAAAACAAUUUAUUUUAGUUCCUUGUCAGUACUAUAAAUUCUGGUAUAUUGGAUAAAGAAGUUUCAUUUGAAUAUCCAUACCCUAAACGGUACAUACCGUAAAGGGUAUGCAGUAUAUACUAUUAUGUAAUUAAUUAAUCUUUGUUGGAUACGCAAUUGGUUACAUUCUGAUGUUUCAGACCUGCAGAGGAUGUGUUUUCAAGAACUUGUCUUAUUGCGAGCUUUUGUGAAAAUAAUACUGUAUGUGAAUUCUGGUUUUGUAAAUUUUAUUUGGUGUUUUUAAUUUCUCAAAUGUGUAUUCUUCUUACAAGGUGGGUCUUCAAUAGUUUUCCAGUUAAAACAUUAUAUUGUCAUUGAACUAUUUAAAAAGCAGUUCAGAUUGCCAGAAUCACAUCAACAAUUUACUGUGAUAUGCAUCAUGCCUGUGGCUAGAAAAUACAUUUGCAUACAACAGUACGUUACUCUGAUGGGCAAAAUUUUAAACAUUUUCUAGGAACCUAUUGUUAUGUACGUCUCAUUUAUCUGUAGGCUAUGUGUUUGGACAAAAUAAACCCAAGUUGGCUGAAA